AGCACGACGCAGAACCUCGCUGCCGAAAAUUGCACUGCAGCUGACCAGCGUAGCUUCGCCCACCAACCUUAAAAGACGCGUGAGCGACCAGCUCCACCCCCCGAGCAACCUGCUGCCGGUGUUGAGUCGAUCUUGUUGUAGGAUCGUGGCCACCGUGUUUAGUCUUGUGUGGCAACUAAACAUGUCGGGCUCGCCUGGUUCUCUUACUUGCUUCAGGUGUGCGUCCGGUCUGACGCAAGGCCUGGCGGGCGUUCUCCAGUGCUUGUUUGCACUCCUGCUGAAGCUCAGCCAAGAGGAUGGCUUCGAGUGCGGCAUCAAUCUCUUUCUGGGCUUGACGAAUAUUCCUCUCGGUUGCGUGAUUACCACAGCGUUCACGCAGCAAACAGAAUGCAGCGAUCCGCAUGGUUACGUCUGCCUGAAUCGGUUCAGCGUGGCACUGUCGUGGCACUCUGCGGUGUUCAACGCCGUGUGCGCACUGGUCCUCGUUUUGCUGCCGUCGCCGCCGUACAGCCAGCAGGAUCACGUUCCGCCCACGCGUUUCCAUGGCUACUGGCUGACCGCCCUUGAUUACGUUUCCAUGGCGUCCGUGGUGAUUCCGGUGAUCAUCGUUGCGCUGUCCUUCUUCUGCCUGCUGACACUGACAAGAAGUCCCCUGCGGAACGUAGUGCCCUCUACGGAGUCAGUUGCCUUCGUGCAGGACAGCAAGAGAGAGGACAUCACUCUGCGUCCAUUCAACUGGGUCUACCACAGCACCGACCGCAGCUUGUCGUCUCGCGAACUUGUCGUUCAUGGCAGGAGGCCGCAGUCCACGCACGACGACAGCAUUCGCUAUCCCCCGCCAAGGUUUACAUUCAAACGGUGCUCGGGGACGUGCGUCGAAAACUUGUCGCGGCCUGGGCCCUCGCACACCGACAGUGACCGGUCGCAUGCCAGCCGAACCGGUGGGUCACGUGCGCAACGGACCGCCACUGCCGAUGCUUCGACCGGGUGUUCCACCGAUGACUUCGACGAGGACGGCGUCAUGGACAGCUUCAUCAGCAGUUCGUUUGACAAGAGCGUCUGUUCUGCUGCCGCUGAUCAUCCCCCGCAAACCCGCAGCACUGGCACCAGCCUCGCCGAGAACGCUGGCACCACGAAAGAUAGCAGAGCAACCAAUAUCAGAGACUUGGUUCGCUCAGAGCGCGAAAAAGAGCGGCGCUCCCAGUUGCGCCGCGUAGCGCCUGCGUACCGUGGAGAGGAUUCUCUGGCCAACCUGACCAACCUCGAGCUGAUCGCCAGGCAGUGGAGGACGUCCGCCAUGCUCCGGAAAAUUUGGAGAAGUUCUGAAAGGGCUUCAUCUCGGAAACCCAUACACCUGGAUCACCCUGUGACUGACUAGUGGCUGCGUUUUUCGAAUAAACUGUCUGUUUCAAAACAA